UACCCAGGUUGUGCCUUCAACCUCAGGCCUGCCACUGUCACCGACAAUCACACCGACCCGGGAAACCAACCUUGCGUGCCCUGCUCAGUCACCGCACUUGGCUCACACGACCCUGACAAGGGCGGGCACCUCUAUCUUGAAGACCUCAACAUCAUCAUCCGCUUUCCUUCGGGCGCUACCAUUCCAUUUUCCCCCACAUUCAUUCGCCACUCCAACCUUCCGAUACAACCUGGCGAAAAGCGGUAUUCUAUCACCCAGUUUUGCCCAGGUGGCCUUUAUAGGUGGAUUCACCACAAAUUUCGUGCAGCU